AUGGGUACACAUCUCAGGCAUCAGCAGCACUGCAGACAGAGCAAAACUCAGCUGGUUUCGCCACUGAACGCACGGCAUGCAGGCCUGGGAAGGAAACGAGCAUUGCUUCGUACCUGCCUCCUCCUCAAGAAGAUAUCGCCCUGGUAUCCUGGUCAUGCAGACAACGCACCCGUGGCGGGUAAAGCGGGGAUCGGCUGGCGCUGGCUGGUUGGUCUGAAACCGCGACAUCCUUUUGUCAUUGAUUGCCAGACCUGGCCUGUUACAUGGAAACUCUCCGCAGGCGGUGGUCAACGAAAACGCUAA